UAGGCUAUAACAGUGGUGCAUGUAAACAGAUAACAACAAAAUCGUAAUUUUCCUUAUAAUAUUAUUAUUGAAUAGUAAUAGAUAUAUAGGCGGGGUAUCAAGUGUAAAUAUUCGAAGUGCAAACAAUGGAGACCACAAAGCGGGACGCUGCCUGCGAUGGUGGCUCUAAUGAGCCAGUCGCCGGCUCUGGGUCACCACAGAGAACAACAACAACACCAGCAACAAACGGAGAUGCCUCGACGCAGUCGCCACAACAUUGGCGAGGACAACCCAUUGAGGCCAUUCAUCGAGGCUUACAGCUGUUUGAGCUGGAACACUUGGGACCGAUUCAGCCCAGCGGAUUCCAUAGAGUUCUCUAUAAGCAUCCCAUAUGUGAAUCAAUUAAUGAGGCUCCACGCCCCCUUAAAUCGGCACCCAAAUGGGAUGCACAACAUGUGCGUCUGCCCUGUGCCGAGGAGAGUAAAUAUCCGCGAGAAAAUGCCGAUGGUUCAAGCGAGAUCGAUUCACGCUGGGAGAUGAUCGAACGCGCCCUUUUGCGUCCCAUAUCGAAUAGCAAGCAAUUGGAGGCGGCAAUUCUAUCGUAUAAUACCACAUAUCGUAAUCAAUGGAAUUUCCGUUCGUUGCACAAACUUUUGCGGGAGGAAUUUGAUAAGAGUGAGGCGCGUGUCUUCUUUGAGGAUUUAUUGCCGCGCAUCAUACGCUUGGCAUUGCGUUUGCCGGAGCUAAUCAAGGCGCCAGUGCCGCUUCUAAAGCAAUAUAAGACAUCGGCCUUAACACUUAGUCAGCAGCAGAUUUCUUGCCUCUUGGCGAAUGCAUUUCUCUGUACAUAUCCUCGACGAAAUACGCUCAAAAGGAAAUCGGAAUAUAGCACAUUUCCAGAUAUCAAUUUUAAUAGACUCUAUCAAGCGGAAUGUCCUUCCACGUUGGAGAAACUUAAAUGCAUUUUCCAUUACUUUCGCCGUGUUUGCCCAACAGAGAGGGAUUCGAGCAAUGUGCCAACCGGUUGUGUGACCUUUGUGCGUCGCAGUGCUAAACCGGAAAUUCAACAGGAUUGGUCAACGAGUGAGGCACCCUUGGGCAAUGUACCAUUACACAUAAAUGCUGCUGGAACCAUCGAGGAUCAGGGUAUUGGCCUACUGCAGGUGGAUUUUGCCAAUAAAUUUCUUGGCGGUGGUGUCCUUGGCCAUGGAUGUGUCCAAGAGGAGAUACGCUUUGUAAUCUGUCCCGAAUUGAUUGUUAGCAAAUUGUUUACAGAAUGCCUGCGGCCACAUGAAGCUCUCUUGAUGGUUGGUGCGGAACGCUAUAGCAAUUAUACGGGCUAUGCCAAUAGCUUUAUGUGGGCGGGCAAUCAUGAGGAUCUUACGCCAAGAGAUUCAUCGAGGCGCCGUCAGACUGCCAUAGUGGCCAUUGAUGCCUUACAAUUUCGCGAGACAUCUAUGCAAUAUCGUAAGGAUCUAAUGGAACGUGAAUUGAACAAGGCGCAUGUGGGAUUCAUGCCUUGGAUGCCCACGCUAUCACCGGGCAUAGCCACUGGGAAUUGGGGAUGCGGUGCCUUUGGCGGUGAUCCCCAUUUAAAGGCUCUGCUCCAAUUAAUGGUAUGCGCCGAUUUGGGACGACCUUUGGCCUACUUUACCUUUGGCAAUGAACAGCUACGUGAUGAUUUGCAUGCCAUGUGGCAACUGUUUCGCAAUCGUGGAACAACUGUGCAGGAAUUGUGGUUCCUUUUGCGUCGUUUUGAUCAGCGAUUAUUAAAAACGAACACGAAUCUCAAUUUAUAUGAUUUUUUAAAAGAGGAAUUGCUGAGAGCAACGAAAGCAACAGCAAGUGCUUCAACUUCUGCAUCUAGUUCCAAUGUGACCCCAACAUCGGGCACAUCUGGCUCAGUGGUAACUUUGAUUGAUAGUGUAAUUUCUUCAGAGGAUGAUGAUGACAAUGAUGUGCCGGCAGCUAUCAUUAAUAACGAUGAUGAUGAUGUUCAUGAUGGAAAAAAUGAUGACGAUGAUGAUGUUCACAAUGGUGAUGAUGUGGAGCUAGUGGUUAAUGACGAUGAGGAAGAAACUAAUGCCAUGAUGAUGGCUGCCAGCUUGGAUUCACAUCCCUCGGAGAAACUAACACCACCAUCGAAAACACGACAAUUGACUCUCCUCGAGAUGCUGGACAAUCAUUAUGAGAAAGGACAAACGGCAGCUGGCUCCAAACGGCCACGCCACUCGGCCUCCUCAGCUGGAUCAUCAUCAACAACAACAACACCAGCAACCAUGAAAUGCCGCAAGGAGAGUUUAGAUGACUUGGAUGCCAGCAGUAGUAGUAAUAGCAAUAAUCCUCGCUAGAAACUCCUUGAAAUUCAUACCAAAAUUUUGAAUCUUUCUCUAUUAUAAAAUCAUGAAAUAGAAAGAGACAAAAACACACACACAGAUAGAAAAAAAUCAAAAUAGAGAGAGAGAUAGAUAGAUAGAUAGAGAGAGAGAUAGCGAAAGCGAAAGCGAGAUAGUGACAGAGCUUCAAAAGCUACAAAUAAUUUGGUAAAUUCUGUUUUAAAACAAUUAUUGUAGAACAAUAAAUUCCAAUUCAAUAGAAAAAAAAACACAAAAAAACUGAAAAUUCAAAAUUAAACUCAG